AGCUAGCCUGUUUAAUCCUGACAGCACAACUCUUCUAGUCUAUCCGUAGAAUAGUAGCUCGUUGUACAACAAUGAAGAUUACAUUAAUUUUUUUAGCAUUCUUUGUGCUGGCCUGUCAUCUUGCGCAGAGUCAGCAAACAACGAAAAAGCCGAAACAACCGCCAACCAAGAAAGGAAAACCAACUGUACGUCAAGAAACCAACCCGUCUUGCGAACAAGGAAAGACUCUAAAGUUCGUACCUUCUGGUGACAAAACUUUAUUGGCCAAUCCCGAGAGAGGUUACUAUCAUUUCCAUCGUAUUACAUUUCCCAAGCGCAAACCAAUCAGCCAAGGGGAAAUAAAAAAAUGGGCCAAGGAGGGCAUCACUCUAGCUUUGAUGAUUUUCGACAUUGAGCAAUUCGUGAAGAAGGACUUUACCGAUGACGACUUGAAGAAAAUGGCCCUCGAUUUCAAAACACUGCGGGAGGCUGGUAUGAAGGGCAUUGUGCGAUUCAGCUAUAAUUAUACGGAUAUAGAAGGCAAUCCCGACGAUCACAAAUUCCCCCAGACGACCGAUGCAGAAAAACCUCAACUUUUGAAGCACAUUAAGCAGCUGGAAAAAGUUUUCAAGAACAACGUUGAUGUCAUAACUGUCGUCCAACUUGGAUUUAUUGGACACUGGGGCGAAUGGUAUUAUUCGCAAAAUUAUGCAACAAAAGUGGGUAAUGAAGGUUGGAAGGCGAUUGGGCAACAGCAGAAAGAUCGCGAAGAUAUAGUUAAAGCUAUGAUGAAGGCUGUCCCCAAAAAUCGGAUGCUUCAGAUUCGCUAUCCAGCAGCAAAACAGAAAAUAUACGGCAAGGCUAACUCGAAACCAGAGGAUGAUAGAUCUACUGAACGUUCGCGUCUGGGUAUCCAUAAUGACUGUUUCUUAGCCCGCGAAGAAGAUCAAGGUACAUUCGCAGAUAAAUCGGAGAGAACGUGGUUGAAAGUAGAAGGUCUCAGCGUUAUGGUGGGUGGGGAAUCUUGCGAAAAAAAUUCCAAAACCGGAUGCUCCGAGGCAAACAAACAAAUAGGGGAACAGCGAUUCACUUACUUGAACACUGAUUACAACAAAGAGGUAAUCAAGGAUUGGAAAGACAAUAAAUGCUAUAACAAGAUCGGUAACAAAAUGGGUUAUCGCUUCGAAUUCGUUGAAGGGAAAUUACAAUCGACAGUGAAGAAGGGAGGCAGUUUCUGCGCCUCUCUCAAAAUUAAAAAUUCAGGUGUAGCACCGCUUUACAAUGCUCGCCCUGUUGAGGUCAUUCUGAGAAAAGGAAACAAGAAAUCUGCUCCUAUUCGUCAAUCAAAGAUUGAUCCCCGUAAGUUUGCACCUGGCAAAGUGAUGCCAGUUAAUUUGAACGUCCAGGUCCCAUCCGAUCUUGCCCCGGGUCAAUAUGACGUCAUUUUGAAUUUGCCUGAUGAAAAAUUAAAGGAUCCAAAGUACAGUAUCCUCUUUGCUAAUGGUGAGAAAGUCCAAGACGAAAAUGAACGCUUUAAUGUAAUUGGUCAAAUAACCAUCCAGUAGGGUACUGUAUACAUAACCCCACUGUGUAUGGGUUCUUCUUUAAAUCUUUAUGUUAAUCAUGAAAUGGUUGUGAAGGUGAAACGGUAUUGCAGUUAGAAAUAUAGCUCAGCUUUCAAGCAAA